CCUCUUUAUUUUGCGUCAACGAGCCGAUUACUUUCAUACCACAAAUAUUCCUAAAAGAUGCAAACAAUUGCCAAUUCUACUCAAUUUUCAUUCACACUCCUAACGCUGCGAAGAUGACCGUAGCAUUUUGAAGUUCCUCAGGCGGUAAGUCUCUGACAUGUUUUAUAUGUUUCUUCUUGUUAACAUACAACUCCAUUUAUUUCUUAGCAGCUAUUCGAUAAAAAGAAGUAUCUUUUUUGCCUUAAGGUCGACUUAACGUGAAAAAUACUUCGAACUUUAGCCUUAAGGGUUGGUUCCGAUUCCGUGGCUUCAACAUGUGCAACCGAAAAAUGAAAGCGGAUUGUUUGUUUGUUUAGUUAUUAUUUUUAAUCGCAUUAUAUUGUUAAGUAUUGUGUUUUUCGUGAUUUAACUCAGUUAAAUACUUAGCCAUUGAGUAAAAGUGAAACCAUCAUGUAAAGGCCUAUAAAAAGCAAUCUAAUGACAAAAGUCAAUUGGACCUUUAUAUAAUCUCUUCAGUUAGAGGGAAGUUGUACACUAGGUCACUAUAUUAUCAGGCUGUUGAAGUCAGGGCUUUAUUUGGCAAUUAUUAUGGACAAAAAAUCUUUACUUAAAUCAUCUUUGCACUGUAAAAUAGCAAGGUUGUUGUUUCUUACAAAAAGGCGCAACAUUUAGGCCGUUUUUCCGAUAAUUUGCACUUCAGAAAAAAGAUUAUCUAGUAGAGAAAGAAUCAGAAUGGAAACAUCAGAUUACUCGUGACAGAGUGGGACAAAUGAGAUAUGAAUUCGAGACUGACAGUGACAUUAUCAAUACACAGCGCGUUGGCUGUUUUUCAGUGUCCUAACGAAUACUUAAUGCAGGGGCGGCGCCACGGGGUGGACUGGGGAUGUCCACCCCACUUUUCUUAAAGAUAUACUUUCUAAUUUUUCCAGAACUGGAUUAAAAACAUAAGGGGGUGUGAAUUUUUUUCUCUGAAAUUGGACCUUUUUUCAUUUUGAUUUUCAUUUCAUUUUCAUUUUCUUUUUUCAUCAGUUACGAUCCUUUUCAGAUCUUAGCUGACAUAGAGUAUGGCGUGUUGGAUCUUUAGUUCCGUAAAUAGUGAGGAAUCAAAAUGAAGAUGACCUUUAAAACACAGCUUUAUCGUGCUUACCCUGGGUGCCAGAGCCUCAGAGAGUCAAAGGAUGAAGAACGGGGGAAGGAAUUGCGAAGGAGAAUGGAAGAGGAAACUGAGGCUCUGGCACCCAGGGUAUACCGUGCUAAACAGUUGGUUUUUCGAUUUUGAUUUUUGCCUUCCUUCCUUGUUUAAGGUUUUUUGGCAACAAUAAACUUUAAAACUUGUACCCAAACUUUUUUAAGCUGUAAGGGUAGUAUAGUUGCUGUUCCACCUGUUACAGCUACAUCACCUUUUAGCCUUAAUAUCAGGCAAAAGGUUGGAAAACCAUGUUCAAAUUAGCAUCGAUCGAGAUAUGGCAGAUAAAAUUGACAAAGGAAGCCUUGUUACUAAGUUUAAAACCAUUGUGCUUGCUUAAAAAUAACACUCUGAAAUUAGCUUUUAUGUUAUUAGUUUUUAUGUGUGUAAACCUUUGCCUAUGAAAUUUAACUCUUCUAUUGGGGGUUCAAAGUUGUUUAACUUGGUUAACAAUAACGAGGGUGAUAUCUCGUACGGUAUUGCACCGGUUUCUCACCCAGACCCCUUUAUCAGCUACUAUUUUGGGGCUGGCGCCGCCCCUGACUUAAUGCAUACGUAACAAAGUCUGUCAAAAUCUUAUAAGAAUGUCUUAGCUAACUCAAAAAAAGCUAAAUCAAAAGAAGAAUGUCUGUAAAUUCGUUGGCAAAAAUUCCAUUUGAAUUCUUAAAAUACCCUUUUUUCAAUCGGAUGGGCCAAGUUUUUUUUUAAAUGACAUUGCAGUGGGACCAAGUGAUACUAUGUCACAAAGUAAAUGCCUAGAAGUUAAGGUGCCGCCCAUUGUUUCUUAUACCUUCUAUUCCCAAUACAAUACUCAUUCUGUCUGGCAACUUGUAUAUCUUGUAUACCUUGAAUAAAUGUUGGAUGGUUGUAAUUCAAAGUUAAGUGUUGCAAUGAUAGGCUGGAGUAAAUAGGAAAGUGUACAUGACAUAAGAAUGAAAUACGACAUUGAUGAUGCUUAUGAAAUACUACAUGUUUACUUACAACCCCUACCAAACCAUUUUUAAAAAUGAGCAUUUUUAUUGCAUCUUGGACUGCUAUUUUUUGCCAUCCCCUAAGUUAGGCUUAGGGACAAAUAUUUUAGCCUCCCCCCACCCCCGUGGCACUCCAGGUGCUACGGCACUAUGUUAAAAGUAACUAGGUUUUCAUAUAUAGGUUUUUUUCAUUUGACUGUUAUGUCGCUUCUGGCCCAGUUGAUUGAUACAUACACUCAUUCUUUUACAAGAAACUGGCUAUAAGAAACGAGUACUGGAUAGUCAGGAAAAAUAAAGAAACUUCAGUACUCGAAGCAAAAAAAUUAAGAAACUAUUAAAUCUUGAUAAAAUUGAGAACAGCAAAAUUUUGUAAAAUCCAAGAACAUGAUUGCCCUGUUUGCCUAGAACUUAAGACACAGGGGAUAGGGUAAAAAUAUACUUUCCACAUCUAAAUACAGCAUCAGAACGGAAGCGAAUCUCUUGACGUGAUAAAAAAGAUCACGAACAUUUCAUUACAUCAUUCACGGCAUCAUAAUUAAGAAACUCUUAAGAAACAAUGAGUAUUGAAAAUUCCAGAACAUUAAGAAACUGGAGUACUCAACAUCGACCUUUGUUCCUUAUGAAAAAAUGAGUGUAUUUGUGUUGUUGAGCUUGAAAAGGCUUGUUUGGUAUUUAGAGCUUUUUGUUUUCUUGGGUAACGAGAAGCCAAGGUACAAAUGUUUAGAUGCAGUCCCGCGGCGUCAUGGAUGCUUUCUCGAUUAACAACUUUGUAUAAACUUAAGCUGUUCCAUACAUCAUAAUCAAUUUUAUUGAUGGUCUUAUAAAUCACCCACAUUUAUCAAUGGUCCAUUUUUUACUUAAUAAAGCGUAUUUUAAAACCGGACUUUCGGCGAUAAAACUAUUUCUACCUUUCAUUUGAACCAUUAUCAUCCAGUGUUGUCUAAAUGCAGUCGAUUUGCUAAAUCAAUCUCAACCAAACGUUUCAUACGAUUGUGUGAACUUGUGUGACCAUAGCAGAAGCGUCACGGCUGUAGUUCCCUUGAGGGGUGGGGGCAAGGCAACAAUUUCUGAAACAAGAUCAUGUCUCAUUUUGGCGUUGCUUUUAAAGGCUAAUCCAAGAAAGAUUCAAAUGAUAAUAUGCCAGAAGAAAUUUUGUUUAGACAGGGACGUCGGUUCCAUCUUUUCUUGGGUGAUGUAGAAGGACUUUAGCCUUUACCGAUGUAGAAAGCCCUGUAAAAAGUUAGAGCUGCUUAAUGGUGAUAGUCUUUCACUUUCUCACUUCACUAAUCAAAUAACAAAACUGUGAGGUAAUGGUGUUUUAUAGAGAAUUUGGGGUCCACUGGCUUUCCUCUGGGAAACAUUUUGAUGACCUCGCUCUUGAAAGAAAACUUUCUGAUGAUGAUAUAAAACACUGAGCAAAACAAAUCUAUUCCUCUAGACAGCAUUUUCAAUUUGAUUUGAUUCUAUUUCUAACUGCCAGAAGAGUUGAGAUAAAGCAAAUAAAAUAAAUUCAAAGAAAAUCUAGGCAAAAAUAGUGAAUAUUACCUCCAAGUCAUUUCCUUUUGUGCUAAAAGAAUGAAAUGCUUGUUCAUGGCAGAACUAGUACUUGCUUGUCUGAUACAAGUUUUCGUUACACAAGCAGGCCUACCCUGGGUGCCAGAGCCUCAGAAGUCAAAGGAUGAAGAAUGGGGGAAGGAAUUGCGAAGGAGAAUGGAAGAGGAAAGGGGAGAGUAAAGCAGGCCCAGCGCCACCAAAGAUACUGGAAUAGUGACUAUUCCACUAUCCUUGGAGCCACCGAUUCUAAGCUGGAGGGGCCAGCAAUGUAAAGUAACUGCACAUUUGCCCCAGCCCCAGUUGUUGUGAUUUGCAGGUUUAUCUAGAUAAAAAUUUGGGCUGACUAAAAUCUUUAAUGUGUCGAAGAAUUUGGGCUAGUGGCCCCCUUGGCCCAGGCGGGGCGCGGGCUCUGACUAGAAUUUGGAGUUCUUUGAAUGUUAGGAGACAGAUGUUAUAGGUUAUAAGGGCUUAACAAGGGUGUGUCAACAGUCUUCUAUCAAAAACGAUGAUGCAAACUUUGUAAGGAUCAUUUAUUUACAAGAAACCCAAAUCGAUAUAAAAAUCGACAAACCACUGCUGUUAUGUUAUUUUUUUAUAAAUUCAAGAUUAUCUUUAUCUAAAAUAACCCCCCUUUGUUGUUUACUUCCAAGCAUCCCAACAAUUCUAAACUUUGUCUCUACCUGUUGCAAUCCUCUAAACACAUUAUAAAAGAUUUAUUUCAUUUUUUCAUGUUUUGCCUCUAUUCCGGAGGAAGGAGUCAAAUCUUGGUAAAGAAAAACAAAAGUAUUCAAUUAAAAAGUUUAAAUUUCAAAACAUAUCAUUGUUGUCAUUUUUGCUUUUUAAUAGCUUUUUUUCACCGUUGUUUAAAGAUGUAGUUUAGUGCCAGUUUUGCCUUUAUGAAUUUUAUAAAUUUAUGCUUUAUGAAGCCAAAGUUAUUGGGCUUUAUGGUAAAAUACGCUUUACAAAUUCUUAUGACAUGUCUCCUUAAAGCAAAAAUGAACUGAACCCAUCCUCCUCUCUUCUUUCCUUUUCCCUGUGAGGGGUUUGCUAUAGGCCCUUUUGGCAUCUCCCUAGCAUUACAAACCGAACAAAAUUAAGAUAGUCUUCUACAAAAUAAGUUUUUGGUGCCGCAAAAAUUGAAGGUGGAACGAAAUAGCGGAAAUAAAGGGGCCAUAUAGCAUACUAUGAAAUCUUCUACACUAUGUAGACGACACGACAGCGCUUUCAGCAAAAGAGAUUUUCUAGCAAUCAUGCUUGCCGUGGCCUGUCGACAGCUAAACUGGAUUGGGGGUGGGGGCAAGGAUAAAAAAGCUUUUUCUAUAGCUUCCUUACGAAAUAAUGUCAGAUCAAGCUGCGCUGAUAAGAUCUUCAAACACAAUUUUUGCAAAUUAUUGGGAGGGGCAUUGCCCUCCCUGUCCCCUAGUGUCUACGGGCCUGUGCUUGCAGGGAUUGAUCCCGUUGAAAAGCCGGUUAAAGCCCCUCCCAGUCCUUAUGUCUCUUAUGCCUAUGGACAGAGCAUGGGUCGAUAUUUGAAAUUUCUUGAGAAAUCGCUCUUUCUAAACUUUGGAUUAACUUUCUCUGAAUUAAUUUAUUUUUCUGAAUUAAUCGACUUUAGACUUAGAGCUAGAUGUUGUGACCGAUGAGAAUAGAAAAGAUUUCAUUCUCUAUUGAUAAAUCCAUAAUUUUAGGCGCUGCUAAUCGCCUCUGGAGGCUUGUUCUGUUUAUUCAAAUAUUAGAAAAGAACCCAUGGCACCUUAAAUCGAAACGCCUUUGUUCGUUCCCCACUGUUUCCUCGCCAGAUACAUGUCAAGCGCAUUAUGGCAGCCUAUCUCAAAUAUUUUAAGCCGUACUUGAAAUCCUGUUGGCCUUAGAUCUACCUAUCAGUGACCAAAUUUUGUUUGCAUAUACAAAUUGUGAAAUAGGAAAACAAACCGCCUAUUGAGUCCUUUCUCUUUUGAGUAUAAAAACAAAGCGAAGCAUUUGCAGUGGAUUGUUUACAAGAUGUUUUUAGCCAUUCAAGACAAAAUUAAACUUAUCGUAAACUAGCGAGAUCCCAGUACCAAGAAGCCUGCGCGCAGGCUAAGUACCAAGGAGCAAAAAACUCAAGGAUCUCAUGUUAAACAGUGGAAUGUAAACGUUUGCUCCACAGAAUAGGCGGUAGACAACCAUGCUUGCAACCUUUUUCAAUGGGACACAAGAAUUUCAUCGUUGGCAGGUAUGUCAUAACAGCAAAGUCUUAGGGCUUUAACCAUUUUUCUGUUUUUGCUUGUUAGCCUCGGUUUGAAAAUUUGGCUUCAGUUGAAGCAAAUUUAGCUGUAAAACAGUAAAACAAAGUAUGUAAAACAAAGGCAGUUUAGCAUUUAGACCUAAAGCCUUUCCACACGUGCAGAGAGGUUCUCCUUGGCCCAAUCAGUAAACCAAUACAUGUUGAUCUCUGCCAGGGGCGCCUGCAUAAGAUUAAGGCAGGAGGGGCAGUGUUGGAGCAUUUUUUCACUACGUAUUGUGAGGGCGGGUGAUACAAAAUAACAUAUUUGCAUGCAUCUGUGCCGCCCAUACAAUUAGGUUUUUUGCAAUCAAAGACUCUACGCAUAGGCAUAGUGUCGAGAAAAUUAUCCACGGAAUUGGAUAUUAAAUAGCCUUAUCAUUAUUCGAAAUGUUUGGUUUUACAGAAGUCAUGGCAAUUAUAAUCCGCUUAGUCUCAAUACUCUAUGACUGCAGAAUCAUUGAGAAAGUAAAAAGUAAAAAAUAAUAAUCACAACAUAUUUAGGGGAACUGCUUGCCCCCUUUGCCCUUCCUGGAAGAGGGCAGGAGGGGCAGCUACCCCUGCAGCUCCUCCAGGGUAGGCGCCCCUGAUCUCUGCCAUGUAACGUUGUCUAUUGCAAUGGAAAGAUGAGCAGUCAGCUUAGAAAUCUACUGUCAGAAUCGAAGUGCCAGAAUCAUCAAUGUGCAUCAAGUAAAUUCGACGUUAAUACAGGGCGCCGUGAACCAUAUAUUGCCUCAAAAUUUUGUUAUUUUUUCUUACACUGGAAUUGAGAUAACUAGAGCUCACAACUUGGUUUGCAGAGAUAUAGAAGUAAAAAUAUUUAUUCCUUAGUUUUCUUUUGUCCAGAUUUUUCGACGAAAUGUUGUUGUAAAAUUUAUGUUUCACUCUAAAAGCCUAGGUGUGCAAACUAAGGUUUUUGGAUGAGGUUUACCUAUCCCAGGAGGAAAAUUUUUAUAAAAUCUCGAAUUUGUAACAAGAAGCCAGAGAAAGAAGAUAACUCGGGUAGAACAAGACAAAUAGGCAGGGUUGUAAAAUAGACGGGACUUGGAGCACAGAAUCGGGAAAGGGUGCUUACCUCUCCCUAUUCAGUGCUUUGAACCAACUCUAGAAACUGCUUUGGAAACCACGCCCACUUGCGUGUAAGGAAAACCCUUUUGUCUUUUGCAAAAUUGGACAUAAGAAGAAACCUAUCAAUGCCAAUAAGAUCUCAGCCCAGCGCCUCCUUUCCCCAAAACACUUCUCAUCAAGUCCCCAAAACACUUCUCAUCAUUGGUGUAGUCUUUCACUAUCACUACCGAUUGAGGCCAAAUUGGGCCUUGUAAUACAGCACAAAGAGGCCUUCUAUUUUGCAUAUUCAGCUUCAGGAAAGCUGUCGUCUGUUUUCAUCUGGGCCUAUUUCAGGAAUAGACUUAAUGCUGCAGCACUAACCUUAAUCCGCUAUUUGUUCUAAGGUAUGUUGGCUUUAAAAAUUUGCAUCAUAUGCAUAUGCCUUAUUAUUUCAUCGAGUUCUUGUUAUGGGUAGAGGCCAGUGUCUUGACUCCUGACAAAAAUGAGGAUGAAACUUUGGAAUUUUCUCUUUGGUCCGGACAAUAAACGGGUUUUCUAUUUACCAGAACAAAUAGCCUUAAACAAUAGGAAUCUAGACUUGUCUCCCACACAAGCUCCUGACAAACGUCCGCCUGGACAAACAUCCGCCUGGACAAACGUCCUCAAAGGCUUCGUUUUAUUUGGAAAAAAAUUAAGAUAGGAGUCAGACAAAAAUGAUCAUCUUUGUACGGGUGUGAUAAUGUCAACUUCGCUGAUAAAGAUAUUCGGAGGCACGCCGAAGCAGGGGGAGGGGUGGGGGCUGGUGGUUAUACCACAGUUUUGCGCUGAUGUAUGAUUCUCGGUUUGUGGAAUCAAGGGUAAUGAUGAAAAAACUACCAUUUACGCUUGUCAAUUUGUCUAGGGACUUCUCCCAUCCCAAAAUUUUCUGUGGCGUCCCUGGUUGGGUCAGCCGUCAAAGGACGAAGGGGUGUCUGCCUAGCCUCUCUACAGACCUCAAACUUGAAAGUUAAGGGGCUCUACUUUUAAGUUAGGAGUGUUGAUGAUAGGCCAUGUCGGCAGCCAUUCUUUCUAGUCUUAUCUUUUAACUUUUUCUCGAGAAUCGAGAUUUUUCUCAUUUUUCUCAGGAGGGAGAGGGUGGGCUCUUGCCCUUUCACAUUUCUACACUUUCCGCCCCUGACUGGACUCUUCGAAAACGCCGACAAUCGUCUGCUCUUAAUCCUUCUUUUGUCUAAAUGCAUUGCUUCGGAGAAAAAACACACUGCUAUAACGGAAUCGAAUAGAAGAUUUUGUGGUCUAUCUUGAAGCGAAAUUCAAUGAAAACCAGGCAAUUUGAUAUUCUUCGGAAUUUUGCGUCAGUCUUGCAAAAAUCUACGCCUUCGUCGCAUUUUUUGAGAGGUCCCGUACGGAAGUAAAUUUAGUUUAGAACAAUAGGCUUGCUGAUCCAACACAGGGGUUGUUGAUCUAAGACAGGCAUUUGUUUAGGCUCCUGUAAACGGUAGGUUACUGUACAUGGCCAGCAUCGAUGUUUCAAAUGGCUGAAGUCCAGUGUGUAUUGUCUGCAAAGGUUAUUAAACAGGCUUUGGUUUUCCAGUGGAGAGAAAUGCAUUGAAGUAGAACAAGGUAAAGUUGACUACUUUGAGAAUGGAGGAAAAACCAAAUAGAAAGCAGAGCAAGUUUCUUUCGGAUUUGGAUGAAUAUUACAAAGCAAGAGAGAAGCAUACGUAUUCAUUUGGUAACGUACCAUGCCCGCAAAACUUCAUUCCUGGGACAACAAAAGCAAAAACGAAUGUGAAACUUUUGCGAAGUCUUUCAAGGAAGGUGAGCUCGGUAUGUUAUCGUGGUGUUGUUAUUCAAAUGAAAGAGACCAUGACUGCUGUAGAGAAAGGUUUGAUCCCUGCAGGGCUGCUUGCAUUAGGAGUGCCAACUCCAAGUCAGCAUACAAGUUGUUUGGAACACAAGAUCGAGCAAUUUUGGCACAGACAAUCGAAAUUGUUUGAUAGCUUACCACGUAUAGGAGAUGGUUUGCCAGCAAAAGUUGAAGAUAUAUCUGAAGAAGAGGAUAAAUAUUUGUUGUCAGUAGCUAGUUCAAAGCCAAGAGGUUGUUCAAUGCCGACAACAAGUAGAGAUAUUGGAAGUCUUCCAGUUCUAAGUUAUGAUGAUAACUUUGUUGCAGUUUUAGGCAAGCUUGGUCGCGCUGAAAGGCGCAGACGCAUGUCAUACCCUCUCAACCGCGCAGAAUAUGAAAAUUAUAAGCCACAGUUGCGAAAAUUCCGAUCGCUCCAACAGAAACCGGUUGACUCUGUCAUAAGGCUAAGUGUACUUUGCCGCGGUGUGUCAUAUCACGGUUCUAAUUCCGAGAGGCUUUAUCCGUUGAAGAAGCAUGGAGAGAGUGCAAGCGAAGUAAAGGAAUCAACAAAGAGCGUUAAAUCAAAUCGGAAAGUAUUAUCAAACCUUUCAUCGCCAAUGACAAAAGAAAGGUCCUUGGAAUCAGAUGCUGUUCAAUAUCCUUGGCAGAGGGAAUCUUGGACAAGUAGUGACAAUGACAACCGCGACACCGAGAGCAACAAUGACACCAGUAAACAGCCUCAUAGAUCAGCCAGUUUGGAUGCUACGGGAACUAGUUUGCUGGAAAGGCGCGAAAAGGAACUUCACUCGCCGAAGAAACGGAGUUUUAAGGACCGGUUUACUUUCCGGAGGAAGAAAGCGAGCGAGUAUGAAGAUGUGAAUGAAACGGCACCUGAUAAGGAAACCUUGUCUCAUAUACAAAGAGUUCUUCGAUCAAAGCUACCAAAAACGCUGCAGACUACAGUAAAGAUGGGCCUAAGUUUUGACCCAAUAACUUCUAAAGAGCGAAAUUACAAAGCACGUGAAUGUCCUACCCUUACUUCUAUGUUGACUGGCAGAAUCAGAUCAAAGUCAACCCCUGGUAGCCCAUUAAUAGCAACUCGAAAGAGCAGGAGCAGGACAAUGGGUGAAACGUUACCAGGACCGUCAUUAAUUAUCUCACCUCCUUCUCUUGAUGAAAUUAGCAACACUCGUGAUGAAAAGAUAAGCCUUCUAGAAAAUUUUAUAAAAUUAGGAAAGAGCACCUUGCGUCGAUCAGACAGAAACAAGAAGGCACCGGAACAAAAGCGCCCGUCAUUGCCUGGUAUCGAAGUAACUGAACCGCUGAGUGAUGAACAUGCAAAGAAGCUAGAAAACAUACUUGGGCCGGAAUUUCGUGCAGCUUAUGCAAGCCAGAGAAGCAAUUCGAUGCCUCUAAUAAGAAGAAAGAAGACUGCAUUGGCUAAGAAACUUCCUAUUUAUGCAAGAUCGACAUCUGAAUUAGGAAAGCAGGAAAGAUCUACUGGCGAAAUGCCGGCUUUGGAUAUGUGGUCAAGUUAUGACACAUCGGAUAGUGAUUUUUCCCAUCCUGGAAGAAGUCGUGGCAUAUCGUUUGAAAGUGAAAUAAGUGAUCAAGAAAAGCAAUUUGAAAACGGUAGUCAUGACACCAGUUUCAACAAUGACGUUGAAAAAGAGCAGAAAAUCGUCACAACACCCCAAAUCUUGGUAUUUUUGUCACCUCAGAGUACAAAUAACAAAGGCGCAGCACAGGUGAUAUCAAAUACUUCGAGCCAAAAGCCUAGCAACGAAGUCCCCAUUUCGAGCUGUCCGAGAACACCAGAUAUGACACUUGACCAAAGCAAUAUUGAACGAGGACACGCUUUUGUCGAGAAGCAGGCAAUAAAAGAAACCAAUGGUACGUUUCAAAAUGGCAUGAAUUCUAAAAGAAGUAACGAAAAGUUUUCGCUUAAAAUUGAGACAAGGUAUAUUUCAGUAAAGGGAUCUAGACUUUUGAAGUCCAGCCAGGAGCUAUUGGCAGACUCCAAAGCAAGUCACGUGGAUCAUUCUAUGUCUGGCAAGAAGACCAAAAAAAUGGAAUCUGUGAAUAACAAAGACAUAGGUUCAGACGAUAUUGACAGUAAGCACGCGGAAGUGAAACCGAAUGAAAAGGAAGUUGAAUUGGAAAAAUUAGAUAUAUUGCUGAAGGAACUAGAAUCUUUUGCUGUUGACUAACUUUUACAAACUUUUUGACGAUCAUAACAAAUAAAUUAGGUGUAUGUGAUUGUUUGUUACUGUAGGUAUUGUAGCAUGUUUUCUAAUAUCAGUUUCUCAAAAUCGUUAAAUAAUUUAAA